AUCUGAGAUUUCAGCAAUCGGAUUAAUACUUGAGGAAAUAUGUAAUAUAUUUUAAUAUAAAAUAGAAUCUUUCAAACAUUAUGUUACAAACAUAGUGUAUAGAAGAGUCGAUUCAUAGAAGUUUUGAUGUAGUGUGAAAUGGUUUCCUGUUGAUAUCGUCAUAAAUAAUCAAACAUGGGGUCCAUGCGUCCAACGGGACGGUUCCUUUCAUUCACGAACAACAUACAAAGGACACAGAAACAACCUGUGUCAAAUGGUUUCCCACAAAGUCUGUCAGGAAGUGAGACAGAUGUAUCUACAUCAAAUGAGAAUUUGUCAAGAGAGGAGCGCUAUGUCGUCCGGCAUACAGCUAGAGUUGAACCUCAGGGUCAAGAGAAUCAAAGUCAAAACAAUAACAAUGGAAAUAAUAGAAACUCAUUAAAGGAAAGUGUAACAGGCAGCAAUCGUAAUUCUCUGAAAGAUUCUGUAGGAGGCGGCAACAGCAAUAGAAGUUCUUUAGAUGUGUCUUCAUCUUCUUACAAUACUCUCAUUAUUCAUAAUCAAGACGAUUCUUGGCCUACAAGACCAACGCCGAUUCGAGAACACGAACGAACAAACAGUGAGGUUAAACAUCCUAAUACUCAAUCUUCUCCAUAUCAUACAUUAAAGAAAACUGAGGGGAAAAAACCUAGUGGCAUACCAUUGCCCAAGAUGCAUAAAGAACAAGCUGUAACAACUAAUGCUAACUAUAUUGAUAUUGGCGGUCAGAGGAUCUAUACUAGCCCACCGGAUCACGGAGUUCAGGAAAUAACGGAGAUCCCGGAUGACUUUCUGAACCAGUCAUCGGUACUGAAGCACCUGGCGAAGGAGGUGGCGCAGUCGCCGACCCCGCGCGGGCCCACGCCACCCGCCUCGCCGCGCGCCUCGCCCCGCACCUCCCCGCGACACCGCGACCGCGCCAAGGACAAGCUCAGCAAGGAUAAACUCAGCCUCUCCAGAUCGCAGCCUGAUCUCACCAGUGUGGGUGUGGGAGUGCGCGCGGUGCCGGGUGGGUCCGAGUCUAGUGGGUGGUGCAGCGGCGGCGAGGGCUCGCUGGAGGAGUCCGAUGAUGCCUUCGCCGCGGUGCUGGAUGCGCUCGCCGCUGAGAACCACCAGCUGAAGAGACAACUCGUCGACGCUUGCGAACGCGUCGCCAAGACCACAAAGUUGGAGGAGGAGGUGGAGAAGGUGCGCCGCGCUCACGAGGAGCUGGUGGGGUCUUGUGAGAGACGCGAGAGGCUGGAGCGUGCGGCGCGUCUGCGUCUGCAGGCGGAUUGCCGCAGACUGCACGAUCUCAACAGAGCACUCAAACAACAGGUGGAGCUAGUGUCUCAGGGUGUGCGCAAUGAGAGCGACAGUAACGCGGAGGCUCUACGCAAGGAGUUGCAGAACAGGGAGAUGCUCAUCGCACAGCUCAUCACACAAAACAAGGAGCUGGCUUGUGCCAAGGAGCGGCAGGAGAUAGAGAUGUCUGCCCAGCGCGCCACACUGCAGGAGCAGCGCACUCACAUUGACAUCCUCGACACAGCGCUCACCAACGCACAAGCAAACGUCGUACGUCUAGAGGAGGAGUGUCGUCAUGCGAGCGGUUAUGUAGAGCGUGUGUUGGGACUUCAGCGUGCUCUGGCCUCACUACAGCAGGCCUCAGACCGUCGCGAGCACACCGAGCGCAAGCUUCGCGCACAGCUUGAGAAGGAGCUGCAGACGUUGCGUAAACGCGAGUGCAACUGCGGAGGUGGUGGGGGCGGGGCGGGAGGUGGUGUGGGCGGGGCCGCGGGGGGCGGGGCGGGGGAGGCGGAGCUGCGGAGGCAAGUCCGCGAGCGUGAUGAAAGGCUGCUGGCGCUGGAGGGGGAGUGCGCCAAGUGGGAGCAGCGCUACCUGGAGGAGGCGGCGCUGAGACAGGCCGCCGUAUCCGCAGCCUCUAUACCUAAAGACGUAAAAAUAGCAGCUCUGGAGAAGACGUCAGCGGAGUCCGAGCGGCUGAUGGCGGAGGCGCGCUGUGAGAAGAUCCGGCACAUGGACGAGCUGCACUCCGCACAGAAGAAGGUGGCUGAUUUAGAGAGCAGAGUGAAGGAGUUGGAAUCUAAGGUGGCAGAACGCGACGCCAUGAUCAAGGUGCUGCAGAAGCACACUAGCGCCGCAUACGACAGCGGUGCAUCUUUACGUAACAAUUCUAGCCGAGAGGAACUUGUGGGCCUGUCGUCAGGUGCGUCGUUCUCCAGCGCGGAAGGUGUGGGCUCAGUGGGCGGUGGCGUUUCGCGAUAUCGCCAUCUGGCGCGCAGGAACUAUUCGCCACAUAACGACAACGCCAGCGGUUGCGGUUUCGACAGCACAUCACUGCGACUGGACGAGCAGCUGGCGGCGCUGGAAUCACGUCUGGAGAGACCACCCGUGCCCGCUCGCGGCCUAUGCUGUUUCCCCGGGUUGGGUGGGGUGGGAGUGGGGGGCCGCACUGGUGGUGCUCGGGGUGGGGGUGGCGGAGAGGAGGCGCUGCUGCUGGAGCGGCAGGGACGCGCUUCACAGCAGACGCGCGCUGCCAGCUUGCCGCCGCCACCCUCCGCCCUACCCCGUCCACCGCGCAAGCCUUCCGCCAGGAACACCAGAUACGACAGGCUCGAACACAACAACAGGAAGGAUUCGGAUGGAUCAGGUUCGAUAGCAUCUACUGCAUCUCGUAGCUCCCCCCUGCCGUACGACACGGUGCGCAAGCUGCCCUCUGUGCCGACAUCGGCGUCGCUCCCCGCGGCGGAGUCCCGGGAGUCCCUGGUACGCCCGCGGGACUCCAGCUUACCCUCGCCCUCCAAGCUGGCCGUGUACGCCGCCGCACGCAGAAGAUCCGCUGAAUCAGCGAAAGAUAAUAAACGACCACAACACCAUUACAGAAUACAGUUUUAACCGAUUGAUGUAGGAUAGCAUUAUGCAAUGUCGUUCAAUGCUACAAAAUAUUGUUUUAGUUUUAACAAAAAUAAACACACUGUUAUUAAUUCUAGACACCAAAAUUGCUCAUUAAAAUAAAUAUAAAAAGUAAUAAUUCACUUACAA